AAAACAUUGAGGGCGCAGCGCACCAUGCGAGGAAAAAACCACCGCACCGCGCGAGGGACGCGCUCGAGUCUCGACGUGCAGGCCAUGGUGAGCCCCGCGCCCGUCCGCUUUCUCCUCCACCCCCAUUCCCUCGUCUCCAACCAUAGAUCUUUUCCCCCUCCCCUACAGUCACCUUCGCCUCCCCCAUCUCGUCCGCCCCAGGAUCCAAGGUGUACGGGUGUGGAGGCGAGCUUCCCGGCGACAGCGACGGCGACGACGACGGUGCUGGAUUCGAUCUGCAGGAGAGAGAGAAGAUGAGAGGGAGAAGAAGGAGGAGAGGAGGGUGAAAGAGAGGGAAGAGGAGAGGGAGGUGUGGUUUCGAAUGGGAUAGGCCUGCGCCGGCGAGGUCGGGCGCGACCUGGCGAUUGGUGGCGGCUCAAUUCGCUCCUGGAUCGGGACCUAUGAGGAGGCCGGGGCCUGGGCGUGAGGCACAUAGGUUGCGCUCUGCUUCUUCCUCGAUCAACAAGAGGAGUAUGUGCAGUGCGGUGGUGUGGCGGACGGCCGCUCGUGCAGUGGCCUCAGUGGGUCGGCGACGGCACCUGCAGAGCUCGCACCGCCCUGGCGCCGAUCCAGCGCGGCUCCUGCACGUCGCCACCCCCUCCUCCCCAUCUCAGCGGGAGGUGAAUUUGUGCCGCUGCUGCCUCUUCCGCCAAGCAGGAGGAGCACGAGGUCUGCCAUCAACUUUCUGUUCAAGUGUAACAAUCAUUCUUGCAUCAAGGGAUGAGAAGAAUGUUUACAGGGUGCAAAUGCUUCAGAAAAUCUAUGCUGCUUACUGGAAAUCUGGAAUCAUGUUGCUCAAGACCUCUCUGCCAUGGUGACACCAUUCAGGCAGGCUGGAGGCAGUGCACAUGGGUGUUUCUCCUAGGCAGGCAAUGGGUUCCAUGCUGUGAAUUGCAAAUGUGUCUUUGGUUGUCUUUAGUUCACCAGAAUUGGGAUUAUUAGUUGUUAGUUAAGGGUCCUUAUGGAACUCUAAAUUCGAUCUAUUAUGUUGACAUUGAGUCUCAAUUUUAUAUUCCAGUUCAUGCCCCGGUCAAAUAUAGAGUAUGCAAUGCAUGCCUAUGUCAUCUCUGGCAGAUCACCGUUCUUUUCAUUCCUCCAAUUGAAACCAUGGCUGCCAGUGCUUAGGCCGCUUGCUAUGCCCGCUUUUAUUAAUGUGAAUUUUACUUAUUUGUUUUGGUGGUUUAGGAUGAACGCCCACAGCGAUUAUUUGAUUCUUAAGGUGUGUUUUGUACUCUAAGAUGCAUCUCCUGCUUUAUGUGAUUUGGCAUGGAUGUUUGGUUCUGAUUAAUUUACAAGUAAUGGUAAUGGUAUUUCUGUUAUCAUACUAAUGAUGUUCCAGGUUAAUCUAUCAUGCAUACAAAUGGAAUUUUUGGUUCCUGUUAAUUUGGGAUGUAGUCUCCUCUCUCCCUCUGUCUGAAUCUGAAUUUUUUAGCUAUGCAUUUUAACUCAUGAAGGCUGAACUAUACCUGAUUAUUUGCUGCAU